CCGGGCUCCGAGCUGUCAGCACAGAGCCUGAAGCAGGGCUCGAACCUACCAGCCGUGGAUCAUGACCUGAGCUGAAGUCAGAUGCUUAACGGAAGGAGCCACCCAGGCACUCCAGCUUUCCUACAUUAAUGCCAAUCUCCUUUCUACAACUGGAAGUUCUAUGAGAGAAACGCCCAUGUCUGUGACUUGCUCCCAAGUGCUGAGCACCAAGCCAGGCACAUGAUGGGUGCUCAAUAAAUUUCAUAGAAUUGAUGAAUGACUGAGGGUACAGAGAGGGGAGGGCAAGAAAGACUUUGCAAAGGGAGGGUGGAUAGAGCGGGGUCCUGCCUGUCUCCUCACAAUUCUCACUGGCUUCCAGUUGUGUUCUGGCACUGAUGGGAGUUGGGAAGCUAAGAGGGGCAUGGUUCCCCGGCUCCACGGAAGCAACUCAGAGGCACAGACACCCCUGGCCAGAGCCACACGGUUUUCCCUUUUGCUAACACCUAACGCCUGAAUAACAGCCCCUCUGCUUGAAACCAGGAGCCAUUUCUCUUUCCUACCCCCUCCGUCAGCAAGGAACCUGUUAGUCUGCCCAUUUUCCAUGUCGCAGGCAACUUGCCAAACAAGGGCGGUGGGUGGGCAAGGGAAUAUUAAGCAGAAGCCUACUCUAAGGCGGCUCUGGUCCAACAGGGAUAAGAAAAUGGGUCCGUCCUACCAGGGCGUCCCCAGGCCUUCACUGCAACAGGCACACUGUGACCGCUGUGGAUCCCGGUGGGGCACAAGUCAAGUCCACAGAUUCACCAAGCCCUCCACCAAGACCCAGGCUCUCCUGCUGUCUCCAGGACAGCAGCCCAUAGCACUGUGCCCUCUAGCUCAGAGCAGAAAGGCUGCACGUUUGAACCUCCACUGCCCAAACUGUCACCCGUAAAACAGGAAUCACUUGGUGGUGAUCCGGUUUGAGCCCCCGGAUGUGAACGCCUACCAUGGGAUGGGGCAUGUUGGGCACGGCCUGUGAACAGUAAGCAGGGCUGAGGGAGGUGGCAGCCACAGCUCCUGUGACUCCUUAGGGCAGUGCCUGGCAUAAGGCAGGUGCUCAGGAACAUUAGCUGCUACUGCCCAGGGCAACGGUGCCCAGAGAAGACUCUGGAGGCCAGGGGAAGAAGGGCCGACCACGUUGGCUACUGUGUCCUAGAGCUGGAGGGUUUGAGGUGGGGGCUCAGACCAGGGACUGUUGCUUGCCUUGGGGAUGUGUCCAAGUCUCCAGAGAGCUCUGGGGCAAGGCCUCUUGCAGUAGACCUUGGCCUGGGUGAGAGAAGCUUCUAGGCCACAGCAGAAGAAAGCCAGAGGGCUCCCACCCAAUGCCCUUCUGGCUCAGCCUCUCUGGCAGCCCGCCUGGCUGCCACCUUGGUACCCUCUCAAAGCAUGAGGGGGCUUCGCUGAAACAGUUGCUAGUGUGUGUUGUGCUUCCUUUUCUUUCUUGAUGUCCUUAGAGACCCUGCUUGCCUUCCUGUGGCUACCCUCCCCACAUGCUCCCCACAAGCUUCUUUAAAGGUCCCUGUGGCCAGUCACAUUUCAGAUGGCCCAUCGAGGCCUCACCGUGCCUCGAGGAUUCUCACCCCACAAAGAGUGGGCCCUACAGGGGACAAGGUUGGUUCCAGCAAGACGUUCUCAGGGAAGGCAGGUCCUGGGGGAGAGAAGGACACCCCUCUUUGAGGGCACAAUGCAGGGGCAGCUCUAGAACCCUCCAUUCUAGAAUCUGCCCCUGCUUUCCCAGAGUCUGCCCUGCCCCACACCAGUCCACGGCUGUGUUAGCCUCCCACCCUGAGCUCUCAGCCCUGGUCACUGCCUGGCCUCUGCCCCGGUCCCAUCAGCCUCCUCCAGCCCUGUCGCCCUAGCCCAUCUGACACAAGUCAGGCCUCAGCCCUGCUCCCUGACCCCAACUCCCUGCAGUGAGUUGGACCGCCCUGCCCCCUUCCAUGGCACCCUGCCCUCCGUGAAGGGCAGUGCCAGGCGAAAGCUGGGCCAGCGAAACUUCAUGGAGCAGGUGCGUGAAUGCAGGGACAAUGGCUACCUGCUCUCUUCCAGGAAGAUUGGCUCUGGGGCCUUCUCCAAAGUCUACCUGGCCUGUGCCACAUGUGAGCGCAUGCAGCACGCCAAGCUGGCCUCCGACCCGCGGGGCAAGCACCAUGCCAUGGGGCUGUGGUCUACACACAACGGCCACCCCCCACCCCUGCGGGUGGCUAUCAAGAUCAUCUCCACUGCCGAGGCCCCUGUGGAGUUUUCCCAAAAGUUCCUGCCUCGUGAAAUAUCAUCACUCAAUGCUACCUAUAAGCACCUGAAUGUGGUGCAGCUGUACGAGACCUACCAGAACAGCCAGCGCUCCUACUUGGUGCUGGAGCUGGCAGCCCGCGGCGACCUGUUGGAACACAUCAACUGGGUGUCGGAACGCCGCUGCAGCCCGGGGCUGGAUGAGGAGGAGGCCCGCAGACUGUUCUGGCAGCUCGUCAGUGCCGUGGCCCACUGCCGCAGCUCCGGCAUUGUGCAUCGGGAUCUAAAGUGCGAGAAUACCCUCCUAGAUGACCGAGGCCUCCUAAAGCUGACCUACUUUGGCUUCGCCAGCCAUUGGGGCCUCAAGAGCUCGCUGCCGAGCACCUUCUGUGGCUCCGUGGCCUAUACAGCCCCGGAGAUCCUCAUGAGCAAGUACAAUGGGGAGCAGGCUGACCUGUGGAGCCUGGGCAUCAUCCUUUAUGCCAUGGUGACCGGGAAGCUGCCCUUCAAGGAGCACCAGACCCACCGCAUGCUGCACCUGAUGCACCAUGGCCCCAUCUUCAGGCUGGGCAUGUCCCCAGAGUGCCGGGACCUGAUCCGGGGCCUGCUGCAGCUUCGCCCGUGUGCGCGCCUGGGCCUGCAGCAGCUGGCCGCGCACUGCUGGAUGCUGCCCGCCACGCACGCGCUCUCUGGCACCACGCUCAGGAUGCCGCCAGGUAGGGUGGGGGCCCUGGGAAGGGGGUGUGGGCAGGUGGCUGGCCCCUCGGCGCCCCUCCUGAUCCCCCACUGCUGUCAGUUGCGGAGAAGCCAGCUAAGCUUGAGCACUCGGAGCCCGGCAGAGACUCGGAGCCUCCGAGGCGGCGCCCCCGGCACUGCUUCCGGGCCUCCGCCUGGGCCGCAGAGGCCGACCCAAGAGGUGCAGGCUCUGCCCAGCUGGGGCUCUGGAGCGCGAGGACAGCCAGCCUGGGGGUAGGCGCCUCCAGGUAGCUCCUAUCGCGGAGCUCCACAUCUGCCAUCAGGACCACGCCUGGGCACUACCUGGCAUGGGUGGGCAGAGGCGAGGCCAGAUAAAGCGUUUAUUUUGCGGAGGGGAUGUGGAUGUCUCUGUGCAGGAAGGGCAACCAGCCACGGGGAACCAUCCCGGGAGAACACACCUCCGCGCCACGUUUUUAGUUGGGAGGAGAGGAAAACUACAGAGAGUACCAGAGAGGAAAGAGAUACCUCGUACCCGCGAAGCGACCGGCCUCAACGGGAGGAACCGGAGUGGACCCCCAGCUUUGCAGGCAGUGCCAGGACUGAGGACACGCGGAGUGGGGGGUGCUGGGAGCUCUCGCGGCAGCCGCACUCCAGUGCCAGAGUGCAAGGGGCCUGGGAAGGCCAGGACUCUGGAAUCCUGUGCCAAAGAUGGCCCUGGGAAAGGAGCGCGGCAGGGGGAGGGCCACACUGACCCCCUGCCAGGCCUGGUGUGGCAGUUUUAGAACUGAGGGACCACACAAGGAGCUGGGGAAGGACAAGGUUCUUGGGCCCAUAGGAGGCUCCAAGGUGACAAAGGGCGGGAAGGGGAGAGGUCUGCUUAGGAGCGAGGAUGCAGGCACAUCACAGAGACACUCUGAGUGUGUCAGGCAAAGGGCUCGGACGCUCAAGAGAGCCUUCCAAGGACAGGGCCCGAUCAGAGCGGACAGCAAGUACGUCACAGCAGGGCGGGCCAGAGAAGACAGCAAGGGGCUGAGGGCCGUCCUGGGGCACAGGUCAAGCAGGAAGGUGGAGAGAAUGAUGGGAACACAGCGCCCAGCAAGCGCUCCAAGGACAGACCAGGGGGUCACAGCCCUAGGAGAUCCCGGGACAGACUGAUGCUGAAAGUCUCAC